ACGGCCGGAGGGACCGAGGGGGAGGGCGGGAGGAAGCAGGACAUUGGAGACAUUUUACAGCAAAUUAUGACCAUCACAGACCAGAGUUUGGAUGAGGCGCAGGCCAGAAAACAUGCUUUAAACUGCCACAGAAUGAAGCCUGCCUUGUUUAAUGUGUUGUGUGAAAUCAAAGAAAAAACAGUCUUGAGUAUCCGGGGAGCCCAGGAGGAGGAGCCGACAGACCCCCAGCUGAUGCGACUGGACAACAUGCUGCUGGCCGAGGGGGUGGCGGGCCCCGAGAAGGGUGGCGGCUCGGCAGCAGCGGCGGCAGCAGCGGCGGCUUCAGGGGGCGCGGGCUCCGACAACUCAGUGGAGCACUCCGACUACAGAGCCAAGCUGUCCCAGAUCAGACAGAUCUACCACACGGAGCUGGAGAAGUACGAGCAGGCAUGCAACGAGUUUACCACCCACGUGAUGAACCUCCUGAGGGAGCAGAGCCGGACCAGGCCCAUCUCCCCAAAGGAGAUCGAGCGCAUGGUCAGCAUCAUCCACCGCAAGUUCAGCUCCAUCCAGAUGCAGCUGAAGCAGAGCACGUGCGAGGCCGUCAUGAUCCUGCGCUCCCGGUUUCUGGACGCGCGGCGGAAGAGACGGAAUUUCAACAAGCAAGCGACGGAAAUCCUGAAUGAAUAUUUCUAUUCCCAUCUCAGCAACCCUUACCCCAGUGAGGAAGCCAAAGAGGAGUUAGCCAAGAAGUGUGGCAUCACAGUGUCCCAGGUAUCAAACUGGUUUGGAAAUAAGCGAAUCCGGUACAAGAAGAACAUAGGUAAAUUUCAAGAGGAAGCCAAUAUUUAUGCUGCCAAAACGGCUGUCACUGCUACCAAUGUGUCAGCCCAUGGAAGCCAAGCUAACUCACCCUCGACUCCUAACUCAGCUGGUUCUUCCAGUUCUUUUAACAUGUCAAACUCUGGAGAUUUGUUCAUGGGCGUGCAGUCACUCAAUGGGGACUCUUACCAAGGGGCCCAGGUUGGAGCCAACGUGCAGUCACAGGUGGAUACCCUUCGCCAUGUUAUCAGCCAGACAGGAGGAUACAGUGACGGACUCGCAGCCAGUCAGAUGUACAGUCCGCAGGGCAUCAGUGCUAAUGGAGGUUGGCAGGAUGCUACUACCCCUUCAUCAGUGACCUCCCCUACAGAAGGCCCUGGCAGUGUUCACUCUGAUACCUCCAACUGAUCUCCCAGCAGUCGCAUCCCGGCUGACCCUGUGCCCCAGUCGGGACAGGGCCAGGAGGGAGGGUUUCUCUCCCAACGCUGAAGCGGUCAGACUGGAGGUCGAAGCAAUCAGCAAACACAAUAAGAGUCUCCUUCUCUUCUCUUCUUUGGGAUGCUAUUUCAGCCAAUCUGGACACUUCUUUAUACUCUCUUCCCUUUUUUUUCUGGGUAGAAGCCACCCUUCCCUGCCUCCAGCUGUCAGCCUGGUGUCCGCCAUCUUUCCUGCCCCCCCACCCCGUCCUAUACUCCCUGGGUCCCUGCCCUCUAUGACAUCACAGAAGGAUAUUUUCAACAAUUAGAGGAAUUUGAAGAGGAAAGAAAAUACAAAGAAAAUAAUAAACGUGUUUGUAUGUUUUCAUGCUGGUGGUUUGAGGAGCCAAAUUUACCUCACUUGGAUCCCUCACUCCCUCUGUUAACAGGCAGCCCUUCUCUUAUUUCUCUUCUUACUCUCACUACCUCUUAGCAGGAAUGCGCCACGUUGUCCCACUCAUUCCAGGCCCCCUGCCUCCUCUUGCUCUUCCCUCCCUGGGCCUGUUCUGCUUAGGACACUUCCUCCUCUCCCUUCCCAGCCCCAGCUGUGCCCCAGGGACCACCGUAGCUGGGUUUCUAAAGGUGCCACGUUUUCUGGUCUCAGCUCCACGAGGUUGAUUCCCAGGCAGGAAGUCGAGCAGCAGGGGAGGACGUAAGCAGCAAGAAGGGCAGAAUUGGAGGCUUCCUUCUCCUUCUCCUAACAGCUCUUGGUUUCAGAGGCAGUCUUUGGAGACCACGCAUCACUUAGUAAGCAAUGUCCAGAACCUACUAUAAAGCCACAUCUGAGUGGGCAUGGUGAUGAAUGAACCACUAAGGAGUAGAAGGUUCUUAUCCUGCACCCCUUCAACUAAACCUUCACACACACACACCCCAUGAGCACGUGUACACCCAGGCACAUGUCAGCACAUGCACGGCCUCACAUGUUCAUUUUCUCCCGAUCGCUCACGUGCCACAUGCAAAGACCCACAUUAGCAACCAGGGCAGUUUGCCUCGUGAGCCCAGGAGAGGGGAUUAGCAGCUCUGAGUGAAGGUCACCGACACAGAAAAACAGCAUGUGCCUGGGGCUUCCAGAACCUGCAGCCCCCAGCAUGCACGCACACCAGAACGACACCCACGGGGCUUGAGCGUGACGGCGGCCAGCUUUGCCGUGCACACUGUUCCUGUUCCCUCCACGUCUGGAGCGCUCGGGAGCCACACGCAGGACUUACGAUGUCUGUAAUGGAUUUGGUUCUGUUCUGGUUUUGUUUUUAUAUUGGGGCGUUUCAUUAAUUAGCCAGAGUGCUAACAUGGCACCGCAUUCUUGUUCUGGAGGGGUUGAAGAACACAGCUUAGGCAGAUUUUGCUAGACCUGGGAUCACUGGGGAAAGGGGAGGUCAUGUUUUCAGUGACAUUGUCACAGUGACUUUCAUUCCCUGGGGAUAUCUGAGAGGCGAGUACAUACUAGAAAGCUAUUCCGUUGUGUCACCUGAGCUUACGUUCUUCUAACCAGCUGUGCCAGCGAUAAAGAUGGUGGCUCUGUAGCCUGAGUGGGAGGUGGUCACAUCUCUCGGUGCCUCAUCUUCUUUAUCUGUAAAAUGGGGAUUCUGAUGCCCGGCUUACCAAGAGGCUUGCGAGAGACUGUAGAUGUUGAUUUCAUUUGUAGCCCGUCUGUAAAUGGGAAGUCAGGGGAAGUGUCAUCCCUGAAAUUGGUUUGUGCCAUGGAGGGGCAACACGUGGUUUUCCUGUUCCAACUUCUGGUUACCGUCAAUACCCUGAUGUCACUGCCAUGAUGACAGAGAGAAGAAGGGGUAUUGUUGUUUUUUUGUUUGUUUUGGUUUGGUUUCAUAGACUAGAGAUGAGCCUCCAAACUAGAAAAAUAGGACCCAGUUCUCUUAGUUUGUACUUGAAUCCAGUACGUGGCCUUGUAAGUACUUAGCCCCCUGUCACAUCUACUCUGUUUGAGAGGCCUGUGGGAGAGAGAGAAGACCCUGAGGGGUGAGGAUGGCCCGCUGAUGAGGUCAUGGAAAUCGUGCAUGGUGCUACAGUAACGAAUAGAAAUUGCUCCUGUGUAUAUGUUGGGGAGAGGGGUUACCUAAGAAACAGGAAGGUGUGUGAAUUUGAAGGAAAGGCAAAAAAUAAAUCUUUGGCAAGAUGGAAUUACACCUUGAUGACUGAGAGCAGUGGAAAGACUGUGUCUACUGACCCGUGCCCCAGUCAGGACAGAGCUCGGUAGAGAGGCUUCCUGGGAGGAGCCAUCUUGUGACAACUCCGUAGUCGUAGAGCCAGUGGAGAACCUUGCUCAGUGCCAGGGAUCUGAACUACCCACGCAGGAGUACGGCUGGAUCACAUGCCUGACUGCGCAAAGUACAGAAGAGACCCGGAAGGGUUCUCGUGGCAACAGGAAGAAUGAUUCCAUAUUUGGGUUGAAUGAUUGCCAUUUUAAGUUGAUGAAACAGAUCAGAGCAGAGCUCCAUUUGCACAGUUUCUCUCCCUGCAGGAGUUUGCACUGAUUCUCACCUCUCCUGGCAUCUUCCCCACUCAGACCUCUCUGUGCCACAGUGUCCCACCACCUCCCCCCCAUGCCCACUAUCACGUCCAACAUGGCAGCCACCAGAUCCCCCGACAGUGAGCAAAGCAUGGGAACUCUGGCAGCAGAAGGAAGGGGAUGGAAAGAGCGUGCCUCUGGAAAUAUAGAUCCCUGGGAAUUCAUAUUAGGUCAAUAGUACAGAUACCAAAACGUGCCCCAGGACUCCUGCAUUUUCUACUGGCUGUGGGAGCACUCCGUUGUCCCUGGCAGCCGGUUUCCCCUAAUACUAGCCCUUGGGAUUGCCCACCUUAGAACUCUCCAUCUCAUCCUUUUCACCCCUAACUCCUCCCCCUGGCGUGGAAUUGACGCCUGUGCAGUACUUUUGCCAAGUGGUACCUUCCUUACAUUGAUUUUUUUUUUUUUUAAUUUUGCUGUGGUGGUGGUGAUUUGCUGGUUGCCUUCUCUCACAUACCUUCCCCCCCUUUCCUUCUGAGUUUUAUUUUUCUGCCCAGAAAAACCUGACUUCGAUACCAAAAAAGAUGAAACUACAGAAACUCAAAUUUAAAAAAAACUUAAAAAAAUACAAAAAAAUACUCAACAAUUCUUUCAGCUUUAUUAACAUUUUCCAUUGUUUCUUGCGACUUGUGUCUCGUUCUUUGUAGUAUUGAUGAUGAACAUUUGAUAAUGAAUGUUCUUGUAUAUUCAGAUAAAGAAAAAAAAAACCAAAAAAGCGGUCUGAAUUUAAUAGUGUUUAUAAUAAAAAUUUUAAAAAUGACCCUCAUAGCACGCAAAACAAGAUGGGGGCACCCCCUCUUCUUUCUGUGACAAUACACAUCAUUCCUGCGUUUGUUUUUAACACCAAACUACCUACAUUAAUCAUUUCCCCCAUUUUUCUUUUAUUUUCUCGCAUUUGUGAAUUAGUUCAAGAAUGCUAGAAAAGUGUCGAGUUGUGCACAUUCAUUUCCUGUUUCACAAUGUUUAAAAGUGACCGUAAUUCAUUUUGUAAACUAAAAAAAAAAAAAAGGUUGGGAUAGUGAGCAUAAUAGGUACAACCUAACACGUUACGUUUAUUAACUUUGAGACCCAGAAAUAAAUUCUUUUCUUUCUUUAUUCCUGCUCUUUAAAAUAUAAAAAAAAAAAUUAAGUUUUGUGUUAUUUCUGGUUGUUUUAUUGGGGGGGUGCUUUUUUUUUAAUUGUCAGGAUUAUGAUCUUGCUGUUUUUAUUCCUUACGAGGUGAUGUGAAAAGACAUUUAUAGAGUAGACGGUUUCCUUGUACUUCUGCUUGGCUCCAGAAUUCAGUUGACUUCAAAGACAAAGCUGAAGCCCAUGCAGAUGUCCAUCACUCACCGCAUUUCCAGAGGGUAUGGCACUCCUGCAGUCCUUGAGAAAAAACAGGGACCUGGGCUCUCCUUUUGGCCCUUUAAAAUUUCAAGGAAUCGGUCCAGGAGACCUUUGAUGUGGUAGGGAGAGACUUUUUGCCUUUGUUGACUGUGAAUGUCACAACGAAGUGCUUUCUUUUCUUUCUUCUUGAUUAAUAACAACAGUCCAGGAGCCCUCUUAGAACUAGAGAGGAUUUUUUUUCUUCCAGAAGCAUCUCGCAGGAAGUCCUGGUGUGAUGGGCCAUGGGCUACAUAGACGAGAUCCAGGAAGCCGUCCCUGGGGUCAGUCGGGCUGCUGAUCCCUUGAGUCCUGGUUUUGGAUGAAGAGUCAAGAAACUGAGCGUGACUCAGUGCCCUCCUUUUAAUGCUGAGAGGUGAAGUUUGAUGCCGUGACAGCAUACCUCUUAUUAGCCUCUGAUUUAGGGGGCUGUUUAAAAGCAAAUGGUUAAACUGGCUUGAUUUGGAAUGUUUUUAUUAGUCAUAGGAGAAAAGAAAGCAGUAUUCUCUGGAUGAAACUUAUUUUAAACAUCGUUCAUUCAACAAAUGAUUGAGUGUACAGAAAGCACCUAGAACAUCAGCAAGAAAAGUGAAGGCAACGAUGCGGACUGUGGAACAGAGUGUUGCAGGUGUUUCUGCCCAGACACCUGCACGCGUGUUCCGGAGUCAAAAUCAUGACGAGCUUUUCACAUCACCUUUAUGGUUUCAACACCCAGCUCAAAGCUUUCUGGAAUCUUUUAUUUUUUGUAAACUUUUUUUUUCCCUUUUGUUAAAAUUAAUAAAACAUUCAAUGUUUUCCCCCUUUUCUCUCUUAUUACUUCCUUUCUUUCCAAUUAUUUUGAAGUGCUUUCCUUUGGUUGUUGGUUUUAUUCUCCCACUCCCCUCCCCUGUUCUUAUUACUCAGAGUAUAAACCUGCAAAGUUCUGCUCUGUUUUGGUUUUGAAAGUUUAAGCUUUUCUGCUUCUGUGAGAGCACAGGCUUCUGUCCCUUUUGAUUCCAACUGAACUUUUGUGUUCUCUAAUGAUACUAACACGGUGUAGGUUUUGCAGUCUCCGAAUUUGUACUGGUAAUGCAUAUUCCAAAUAAAUAGUUUCUUUUGUUGCAAAAAAA